GAUGACUUUUUGUCUAUGAAACGAAAAAACGGCAGUCCGGUGCAGAUCACCACUCCCGAGCUGGGAUGGAUGACAACGGCGCUAAAGCUUACGGGCGCACGGGCUGAAAAAGCUUCAGUCAAGACCAAACAACCCUCGGAGCGCGUCCUCACUGAUGGCCUCUGGACGAUCAAUCUUGUUUCCCAAGAUGAGGACGGGCACAGUGGAGAUGGUCUCAUCUGUCAAAAGCGCCUGAGCACAGAAGAGGAAGAGUCACAUUUCAACAAAUGUUGUGACGUAAAGGCCAAGAAAGGCAUAUCCAGUAGGUACUCAGCCAUAUACGAACAGGCAUUAAUUCGGUCGCCCGCUGGUCCUCCCUCCUUUUCUACGUCCCUGAGCGAGGCCGCCGUCAAAAUGAACGAGACAGUUACAGUCAGGACUCGCAAGUUCAUGACGAACCGGCUGCUUCAGAGGAAGCAAAUGGUCGUUGAUGUUCUGCAUCCCGGCAAGGCCACAGUCCCCAAGACUGAGAUCCGGGAGAAGCUCGCCAAGAUGUACAAGACGACCCCUGACGUCGUGUUCGUCUUUGGCUUCAAGACUCAGUUUGGCGGUGGCAAGACAACAGGCUUCGCCAUGGUCUACGACUCCUUAGAUUACGCCAAGAAGAACGAGCCCAAACACAGACUGGCCAGGCACGGUCUAUAUGAGAAAAAGAAGACCUCCAGGAAGCAGCGCAAAGAACGCAAGAACAGAAUGAAGAAAGUACGAGGCACCAAGAAAACCAGCGUGGGCGCUGCCAGCAAAAAGUGAGUCUGGACAGCCAGGGAGGGUUCUCGUGCUCAAGAUGUUCUUGUAUAUUGUUCUCAAAUAAAAGUUGGAGAAAAGACAA